AUGUUUCGGGAGUUCGGUGGUCCCUUCCUACGUAUGUCCUCCUUGGGACGUGAUGACGGGGGCGCCUUUCUCUGCGUGGCUUCCAACGGUGUGCCUCCUGCAGUGUCCGCCCGUGCCAAGGUGUCUGUUGAGUUUGCGCCGGAGAUGCUGGGCGGGAUGAGCGUGGUGUGGGCGGAGGAGGGGGAAAAGGCAACACUCAACUGCUCCUUCCGUGCGUGGCCGCCGCCCAAGGUGACGUGGACUCAGGAGGGAACCCAAACUCACACUCUAGGAGGGUCGCUGGAGCAGUGGAAGGCGCAGGGGGUUGGGUCCUCACAGCUCCCCCUCAGCAGCCUCGGAAAGGAAGAUUUUGGCCACUAUCGCUGCACUGUGAGGAACAAGCACGGUUUCAACUCCACCCUCCUCACUCUUGUCGGCUACUUAGAGAAGGUUAUGAUAAGGGAACGUUUAAGGGUGGUAGGAGUUAUAGGGAAGGUUUAA